AUGGCCGGCAAUCCAUUCCGCCGCUCCAUGGUGGUGGGCCAUUCUGCAGAUGCCGCACCGCCAUCGACCUUGUCCACCACCGCCGAUGCGCCCACGACAAAGACGAAGCGAGUCAGGAUCGAGAGUCCACCGCACCCGACGCAGUGGCACGGAGGACGGCGAUUGUCGGCCUCGGACUCGGCAACGCGUGCGCCGUCCCCUCCUCCUCCACCACACCAAACCGACGUCGGCGACGACAACAACAACGAGGUGGCCGGAUCAGAUUCUUACACGUCUGCAGACUCGGGUCUGGAUCGGGCAUCUCUGAAUGCAAGGAGGAAUUCGGGAUCACUUCCCCCUCCUCUGGCCAUGGGGAGCGGGAUGAAGGCACCUUACAAUCCCUUUGCUAGGACAUUGGCAACGAGCGAAGCAAGUUUCGGCUUGCAGCAGAAUAAUGACCCGGCAAAUGGGCAAAGACAGAGGCCCGCGAUGGAUGUGGAUGCGUUCAAGAACAUUCUCUUGACUGGAAGUGCGAUAAUCAAGGAAUCCACCACAUCGAGCCUGGACGGAGGACCUUCUUCGGCCGUCAGAAGACCAAAUGACAGCAUCAGCAGUGCGGGAACGUCCUGCAUAUUCGAACACGCCUACACACUACAUCCAGAGUCUCCACGCGUGGAUCAUUACGACUUUCCCUCGGACUCCGRUGAGGAUGCGGAAGACGACACCCAUAAUGAGAAUGAAAGGACAAACUUGAUGGGCCAGGGCAGGCUGGACGAUUUAGCACCACCAGCGCCGCCCAAACCCAAAUCUACGCGAGGGCCACAGACUGUAUCAUUCGCCGACUUUGACCAGUCAAUACCGCCCGACUUCCAGGCUCCGGGAGGAAGGGGAACUCCUCCAUUGAAUAACCAGCAUAGAGGUAUUCUAAGACCAGCAAUACAGAGGUCCAGCAGCGAUCUUAAUAAGCCACUACCACCGCCUCCGGAACGUCAGUCAUCAGACAUGUCGCUGCCGCCGACGGUGCCCGAUAAGGACCUCCCAAAGCCGCAAGAGCAGACGGAAUCAACGCCAAUCCUUGAUGGCGAACAGUCAACCCCGAAAAAAGUUCCGCCUCCUCCACCCGUAUCCAGACGGCAAGCUGCUACGCUUGGUCGACCGAGGAGCGCCUCGAAUUUGAGUGUGCAAGAAUCCAUUGAUGAUAUUCCCGAACCCAAAAGCUCCACCAACGCACCGCCCCAGGUCAAAGUCGAGGAGCCUCCGAGCAGUAAGCAGUCUCAGCCACCUCCGCCGCCUCCAGCGCGGAAAGUGAAUUCGGUCGCUCCCUCACCAGCAUUAGCAGACGCGCCCUCUCAAGCACCUGUAGACACGAAACCUCUUGUUCCACCUCCGCCGCCCCGACGGCAUCCCUCCACAUCUGGAUCGAUAAGGACAGCAAGUCCAGCAAACAGUCUGAGAAGAGAUACAUCAACUUCGCUUCCUUCAGGAGGAAACGUGCCGCCACCUCCACCACCAAGGCGAGCCGCGGGCGGCGGAAGUUCCAGCCAGCGAAGUAGUAUAGAUGGCCGACCGAGCUCAUUGAGAAAGUUCAGCGGGGUGGAGAGUCAGCGUCGAGCCAGCAAACAGAGUCUUGAGAGUACUUCUCCACCUUCAGCUGAGUCUGCAAAGCCAGACGUAUUGGCAGACAUGGCCGCCUUUCAGGCCGAGCUCGAUGCUCUGAGGUUGCAGGCUGGAGCUAGCAAGUGA